AUGACUGAGGAUUUACAGGCAAGAAGCGCUCUGACCAAAACUAAAUGGGAACGUGUUGGUUGUUGUCCACAAGCGAAGCACAAGAGGCUGUUGUAUCUUGGUAUUCAGUUACACGUCUGUCUUCAAGCAUUGCAGUGA